AUGUUUCGGUUGGGUAACUGGUUGGGUACCCAUCAUAGCCUGGCGCGCUCCACUUUGCUAUCCAACGCCUUGAAACCUACCUGGCAACAAACUGUCAUCACAGUUCACCUUCCCAAUAUAAUGACCGACAAUGCCAUCAAUCUCCGCCACGAGUGCAAAAACGCUGAUUUUGUUAAAAUCUUGAAUAGUGACGCGUUGCGACCGUUGAUUCACAGAGGGCGAACCCCUGAAUGCACACUCUGCACCUUUUUACAACAGACCGUGGUGCUUUCUGGCAUCAAGCGUCAUGGAACGUCGCUUGAGCUCGAAAUCAGGCGGAACCACGAAGAGAUCGCGGGAGAGCUCUCGGCAUCGAAUCAGACAGGAUCGACUACGACAUCUUUGCGUGGAUGGAUAUCCGACUGCGAACAGCAGCAUUCACUCCAGGGUUCAAAAUGCCGCGCGGCCGCCCCCUUUCAUCUCGACAGCUCCCGCGUGGUUGACUGCGCAGGUGCGGAGCCAACCCUCAUUGCGUACCCCCUGGGAGCAGGAACCCCCUGGGCAACUCGCGGCUGGACCUACCCAGAAGGUGUCCUGUCCAAGCGCCGGCUCGUGUUUACCAAACAUCAACUCAUCUUUCAGUGCCAGAAAACGCAGUUUCUGGAGAGCCCACUUGAAGUGUUGGGAGACCAUAUCGAGCAAUAUGUCGCCCGGAAUUUCACGGCAUCGACCGACGGCCUAGACGCUCUCAGGGGUGUUCUACAGCGAUACAAGGCAGACGAGGACCCCCCCCCUACUAGGUCUUUGUGGGGCGCCCGUCUCUCCUCGACGAAUGGCACCAUCCCGUUAGCAUGGCCAUGCCCGACAACUUCACGCUUGCUUCCCGAGUUGGACUUGGCUUGGGUGGAAGACGGGGAAGAGGACGAGCUUGUAUCUCUUAUCGGUUCGACUUGA